AUGCUGGUUACCUAUCUGGAAGCCAGCCGGGACCUUUGCGAGACGGACUCAAUUCUUUUUGGCGCUGCUCUGGCAGUCUGCCGUAUUAUAGGCGCCAAACUUUCCACGGCUGGACGCGCUACUGGACAAAGUAGUGCUAUCCCAGCCUGGAGAAUAAGAAUUGAAGAACGUAUCGCAAAGGCUAGGGCCCUCAUCGGCAGACUGAUAUGCUUCAAGUCAGGCAAUACCAGGCCAAAGAUUGUGCGCACCGUCAGGAUGGCGUUUACUGGGACAAAUAAUGUUAGUUUGUUCCAGCCGGAUAUAAUGCAAAAACUGACGGAGCGCAAAGACGACCUGAAGCAAAGAAUCGCUGCUUGGGGAAAGCGGAUUCAGCGAUAUACCGAGAGGUCGACACGGUUCAACCAGAAUCGUUUCUCUUCCAGAGUGAUCAGAAGAGGCUCUAUAAAUCAUUGGAGCGACCAAUAG